GUAUUUUCGCUUGCCUGGAUAGUUCUGUUUUGUUUGUUGUUUUUUUGCUGCAUUUGGAGAUCUGCUGAACUAGAUUCUUCUCUGGGGUUGUCACUGGCAUAUUCGUUCCCCCUGACUUUUUGGUGAAGGCAGUAGGAAGAAAUUUGUGACCUACGUAGAUUGCAUGCUCCAAGCUCAGCGAGUCGAGUUGGAGGGAUUUAAUCUUCUCUCUGGAAUGUCAUGGACGUCACCACGAUAGUGUGAAGGAUCUGUUGCUACCACUGCAGAAUGCUGGGCUUUUUCCUUUGGGUUCUCCAAGUUCUCUCAGUGGCAUUUUGUAUACAGGAAGAAAGCGAUUUCCAGUGGACACAAACUGACAGAGGAUCGUUUUAUUAUGGCAAAUUCCCACCCACAUUCAUGUGGGGUGUAGGAAGCUCUGCAUACCAAACUGAAGGAGCAUGGGAUAUGGAUGGCAAAGGGAAGAGCAUCUGGGAUGUUUUCACUCACAAGAAGGGGAGAGUGUUUAUGAACCAGACAGGAAAUUCUGCCUGUGAUGGGUACUACAAGGUCAAGGAUGAUCUGGCGCUGCUGAAGGAACUGAACGUUUCUCAUUAUCGUCUUUCCAUCUCUUGGCCUCGCAUUAUUCCUACAGGCGUCCGUGCUGAGUAUGUCAAUGAAAAAGGGAUUCAAUAUUACAAUGAUUUAAUUAACGUCCUUUUGGAAAAUAGGGUUGUUCCUGUGAUUACCUUAUAUCACUGGGAUCUGCCACAGAACCUGCAGGAAAAAUUUAGUGGCUGGCAGAAUGUCAGUAUGGUCACAUACUUUAACGAUUACGCUAACCUGUGCUUUGAGAAGUUCGGGGACAGAGUGAAACACUGGAUUACAUUCAACAGUCCCUGGUCGGUGGCUGUUGAAGGGUUUGAGACGGGAGAACAUGCGCCAGGCUUUAAGCUGAGCGGUACUGGAGCUUACAAGGCCGCCCAUAACAUGAUCAAAGCACAUUCCAAGGUGUGGCACACUUACAACAAGAACUGGCGUAACAAGCACAAAGGUAUGGUGGGCAUUUCAUUGACCACCGAAUGGGGUGAGCCUGUAGACAUCUCCAACCAGAAAGAUAUCGAGGCAGCAGAGAGAUUUGUCCAGUUUAAUUUUGGAUGGUUUGCCAACCCACUAUAUAAUGGAGACUAUCCCCAGAUAAUGAAAGAAUACAUAGGCCAGAAAAGUGCUCAGCAAGGUCUGGGUGUGUCACGACUACCCACCUUUACCUCUCAGGAGAAGAGUUACAUCAAGGGCACAUGUGAUUUCCUAGGAGUUGGCCACUUCACAACAAGAUACAUCACAAACAGGAACUUUCCAGCCACUCAGGGUCCAAGCUACUUCACUGAUCGAGACUUAACAGAGCUGGUGGACCCGAAGUGGCCUGAGCCAGAGUCUAAGUGGCUUUAUUCUGUUCCUUGGGGCUUUCGGAGAUUGCUUAAUUUUGUGAAGACUCAUUACGGAAACCCAAUGGUGUUUGUUACAGAGAAUGGAAUGUCUGAGAAAAUGCAUUGUGCACAGUUAUGUGAUGAAUGGAGGAUCCAGUAUCUCAAAGGUUACACCAACGAAAUGCUAAAAGCUAUGAAGGACGGUGUUAAUGUUCAAGGCUACACAGCCUGGUCUCUCAUGGAUAAAUUUGAGUGGGAUGAAGGCUUCUCAGAAAGAUUUGGACUAUAUUAUGUUGAAUUUAGAAACAAAAACAAGCCUCGCUACCCAAAGGCAUCUGUCCAGUUCUACAAGAAGUUGAUUAGUGCCAAUGGCUUUCCUAAUGUCCGAGAGGUGGAAAAAUGGCAUCGCAUUUCUACCGAGUCCUGUUCUACUAUCAACCAGCUCCUGGCAGCAGCCACAAGACUAACCCCAAGAGAUAAUGCUAAGGCACAAGUGGCAAAGGUUUGGCCCCUUCAUGAUGAAGUAUAAGGACUUAGAUGGAGAAAGCUAUGGGAAAACGGGACACUGGACAGUAACAUUUACGUAACUCUCUUUUCUGAAUGUGAAUUGAAUAGACUGUCUACAUACUUUAAGCUUACCCCAAUUAACCACACAGGAAAU